AUGCUCCUCGCAGCCGUCCUCACAGGGAGCAGCGCCGACCCAGAGUUCGAACGGCAAGCGGGCGAGGUGUUUAGACAUGUGCUCGCCGACCGAGUCAUUGUCCGGGGCCAGAAGAGCAUGGAGUUGUUCCAGAGUUUGCUGACCUACUUGCUGUGGUAUCACCACCGGUUUGACCCCGAGACCCUCCAGUACUACCAGCUCCUGCAACUUGCCAACGGCAUGGUCGCCGAUCUCGGGCUCCCCAGGAGAUUUGCCAGAGACGGCAAUUCAUCACCCUCUGGGGAAGAAGAUGUGAACGCUGUUCGAGCAUUCUUGCUGUGCUACUACAUCAAUUGCUUUGGCGCCGUGCUCGGCUACGACAGGCCCGAGAACAUGCGGUGUAUCGAGAGCUUGCGGAACGCGGCGAGCUUGCUGGCUGAGGUUUCGCCACGGUCUAUCGACAAGGAAGCCUCUGCGCUGGUCGAGCUGCUACACCUUGUAAGCCUACAUCGGAUAGACCAGAACCGGUCUGAACCUCGCAUUUUGCCAUCGCAGGGCCUCGCCGAGUGGAAGACAACAUACCUACAGCCAGAGACGUCUGCGAGCUUGAGGUCGAGCUACCAUUUCGUCGCGGGAUACAGUGUGCUGAAGGGCUCGAGUGCAAAGUCCAUGUCCGCCCAGGAUGCGCGAGUGUGCGUCGAGCAAUUCGAAGAACUCCUGUCUCACAUCCUGAGCCAGAAGCUCGGCUACCUUGUCCAGCUGGGCACCAUCGAGUGGGGGCACUUGAUCACCGCUCUCUUUUGCCUCGCUCGUCUGGAGAGGGCUGAAGUGCUAGAACUGGGCAGAGCGGGUUCUUCCCUCCUGGGUCAUCCACCACUCACAGAUCUCUAUGUCGGGCGCUUUCGAACUCUUAUGGCUGACCUGGUGGCGCAGGCCAAGACAAACACGGUCUUGCUGGCUCCGCACCUUUUGGGCUGGCUCGACAAGAUAUUGACAGCAGUCAUGCAGCAGGUCGGCUCAUCGGAGGCAUCCCAAGGUUUUCAUAACGAUGAGGUUGGCGGCUGUCAUCAUCCGGAAUCGGCCUAUGAGCUCGUCAACUCCUUCAUCGACGAGAAAGGCCGUGUACGAGAUCCCAAAUCAAGGGGCUCAACCGCGGUAAGAAACCCUGGCCGUGCGCACGACGAGGAAGACUUCUGGACCGAUUUCAUGUCGGACUGGCUGAAUUGGUAG